GUUGACAAUGUUUCACCAGAUUCUCUCCUCUGUGGUUCUUUUCUCUUCACUAGUUUUUAUGACCAAUGGACAAUCUUGCUGCGGCUACCCGGUUGACGCAAUUAAUGUAUCUGUAAUGAAUGUGACUGCAGCAGCCUUCCAGUGUUCAGAGCCAAUUUCCAUAAUGUGCCAAGUUACAUCGUUUGCUUUUACUGCAACAGGCAUUGCUGGAUUUGAUGGAAAUGGUGGGCACAAGUUUGAUAUUAUCGAAGAAAACGAGUUCCAAAUCGACGGUGCUCUCAUCUGCAACACUAACUCUGAACAAUGGCAUUUGGAGAAAUUUUCCAAGGAAUACAAAAUGUUCAGAUGCGCAUACAAACUGCCGAACGGAACAUGGAUAACUCCAUAAAAUUUUCCAUCAAAUUUAUUUAGUAAAAUUUGAAUAAAACUUGAAGUA